AUGUCUCCAUACAGACCUAACCCUUUCUUCUCCACCACCAACACCUUCUUCGUCCCCUCCGUCGGUGACAAGGUAGAUAACGCCGUUGCCCAAGCUAAAGCGCUUGGUCACGAUGCUCAAGCAAAGGCAUCCGAAUUAGCUGGUAAAGCCGAUAACAAGUUCCAAGAUGCCAAGGAAGCUGUCAAGGUCACUGCUAAGGACGCCGCUGGUGCUCCCCAAGGUAUUGAUCUUUACUCCAGAUUCGCCCUUGCCGGUGCUCUCGGUUGUGCUGUCACCCACGGUGCCCUUACUCCCGUUGACGUAGUCAAGACCAGAAUCCAACUUGAACCCGAGGUCUACAACAAGGGUAUGGUCGGUGGUUUCAGACAAAUCAUCGCCGCCGAAGGUGCCGGUGCCCUUCUUACCGGUUUCGGUCCCACCGCCGUCGGUUACGCCAUCCAAGGUGCCUUCAAAUUCGGAGGUUACGAGUUCUGGAAGAAGAAGGCUAUCGACGUUCUCGGUGUUGACAAAGCCCGAGAGAACAGACAAGCCGUCUACUUGGGAGCUUCAGCCAUUGCUGAAUUUUUCGCCGAUAUCGCCCUUUGUCCUCUCGAAGCUACCCGAAUCAGAUUAGUAUCUCAACCUUCGUUCGCUACCGGUCUCGCUUCAGGUUUCCUUAGAAUUGCCAGAGAGGAAGGUCCCGGUGCCUUCUACGCUGGUUUCGGUCCCAUCUUGUUCAAACAAGUUCCUUACACCAUGGCUAAGUUCGCUGUCUUCGAAGUUGCUUCCGAAAAGAUCCUCCAAGCUACCGGUAAAUCCAAGGACUCCCUCACCUCAGGUCAAUCAACUGGUCUUAACCUUUCUGCCGGUUUGAUCGCUGGUAUGGCCGCUGCUGUUAUCUCUCAACCUGCCGAUACUUUGCUUUCCAAGAUCAACAAGACCAAAGGUGCGCCCGGACAAUCUACCACCUCCAGACUUGUUCAAAUGGCCGGUCAGCUCGGUGUUUCCGGUCUCUUCACUGGUAUGAGUGCUAGAUUGGUCAUGAUUGGUACUCUUACUGCUGGUCAAUUCCUUAUCUACGGUGACAUCAAGAAGGCCCUUAACGCUACUGGUGGUGUCGAGAUCGCUGCUAUCCCCAAAUAA